AAUUGGAAGAGAAGUGGUGAAUCUUGAAACAGGCUAAAACAAAUAUUGAGUUGAGUUAACUAGAAAGAUGAAGAUCAGAAAGGGUUUGGUUUUGUUGGCUCUUUUAUUUGCUUUUGGAAUUAUCGUGUCUUCUGCAAGAUUACUUGAUAUUGCUGAUGACAAGUUGGAACUUGAUGACGAAAGGAAACGCUCAAUAGAUAAAGCCGGUAUUGUGGAAAGAGGAGUUCUUGAAGUAAGUGAUGACGAUGACUCAUUAGAAAAGACUGCUGCCGGCAUAGGAGGUGGUGGAAGCGGCGGUGGCAGCGUGGGAGGUGGUGGGAGUGGUGGCCAUGGUGGUGGCCAUGGAGGUGGAAGUGGUGGUGGUGGUAGUGGCGGUGGCAGCGGAGGUGGAGGAAAGGGAGGCGGUAGUGGUGGUAGUGGAGGAGGUGGAGGAACGGGAGGUGGUGGCAGUGGAGGCGGAAAGGGUGGUGGUGGCAGUGGAGGUAGUGGCGGGGGCAAAGGAGGUAGCGGAGGCAGUGGAGGUAGCGGAGGCGGAGGUGGAGGUAGUGGUGGGGGCAAAGGAGGUGGUGGAAGCAGUGGUGGUGGACAUGGAGGGAGUGGAGGAGGAAAGGGUGGCAGCGGAGGUGGAGGAAAGGGAGGCGGUAGUGGUGGCAGUGGAGGAGGUGGAGGAACGGGAGGUGGCGGUAGCGGAGGUGGAGGAAAGGGAGGCGGUAGUGGUGGCAGUGGAGGAGGUGGAGGAACGGGAGGUGGCGGUAGCGGAGGUGGAGGAAAGGGAGGCGGUAGUGGUGGCAGUGGAGGAGGUGGAGGAACGGGAGGUGGCGGUAGCGGAGGUGGUGGCAGUGGAGGCGGAAAGGGUGGCGGUGGCAGUGGAGGUAGUGGUGGGGGCAAAGGAGGUAGUGGAGGUAGUGGAGGUAGCGGAGGCGGAGGUGGUAGUAGCGGAGGUAGUGGUGGGGGCAAAGGAGGUGGUGGCAGUGGAGGUGGUAAAGGAGGAGGCGGUGGUAGUGGAGGCGGUGGCACUGGAGGUAGUGGAGGAAGCAAGGGAGGGGGUGGUAGCGGUGGUGCUGGACACGGAGGAGGAGGAGGAGGAAGCGGAGGUAGUGGAGGCGGAGGAAGCAAGGGCGGGGGUGGUAGCGGUGGUGGUGGACAUGGCGGAAGCGGAGGUAGUGGAGGCGGAGGAAGCAAAGGAGGGGGUGGCAGCAGCGGGGGUGGACAUGGUGGAGGAAGUGGAGGUAGUGGGGGUGGAGGAAGCAAGGGAGGUAGUGGUGGAGGUGGUGGUGGUGGAGGUAGAAAGGGAGGGGGCGGUAGCAGCGGAGGAGGAGGAGGAAGUGGAGGCGGAGGACAUGGUGGUGGCAGCGGAGGAGGAGGAGGAAGUGGAGGCGGUGGACAUGGUGGAGGCAGCGGAGGAAGUGGAGGAAGUGGAGGCGGUGGACAUGGUGGAGGCAGCGGAGGUGGAGGAGGCAAGGGAGGAGGCAGUGGUGGAAGUGGUGGAUCACAUGGUGGGAGUGGUGGCGGACACGGUGGCUCUAAAGGAGGUGGUGGUGCAGGGGGAGGUGGUGGUGUAGGUGGAGGAGUCGGAGGUGGAGGUGGUGGAGGCGGUGGUAAAGAAUGAGAAAACUUAGGGUGAAGUUAAUGUCAACGAAAGCAUGCAUGCAUGCAUUGUGUAACAGUAUGUAUGUUGUCAAUAUAUUGUAUGUGUCAAAGAUAAUAGUUAAUAAAUAUGGGUAGAUGAGAGUGGUAACUUCAUCUAUAUCCUGGAAAUCAUGUGUACGAUCCCCAAAAUAAAGUAGAUAUGUUCUGUUCCAACGAUUAGUUCAACGUUAUA